UUUAAAAUUAAUUAAAAAAAAAAUUAGUAUUGCUAUAAGGACAUUAAAUACAGUUUUAUUAGCUUUGCUUUGCCGACAAACAAAAAGUAAUGCAUACUAAUUAAAGCGUAUCAACAUUUGUGACAAAAACAUAGCANUGCUGACCAUAAUUUUGUGUUGCAUUUGAAAACCACCCCGAAUUACUUUUGCAAAUUAGUCAAUUGGCCAAUGCCAUCAAAACGCUGUCACUUCAAUGUCGAAAGCGUUUUGGCAUGUAAUAAGCUCCAAUGAAUGUGCGACCAACAAAAACAACAACAACAACAUACUAGCAAAGCCAAAAGCAUACAUUUAAAAUUCCACAAAUUGCCUAAUGCCAAAUGUUAAAUGUCGAUUGCUGAAUGCCAAAUGUCAGAUAGUAUAAGUCGAUAAUCAACGAAUGUGGCCAUCGAAUUGCCGGACAGCGGAAUAGCUGUGACAUUGCAUAGUGACAUUGCAGCUGUUGUUGUGACCAGUUGUCAUACCCCCAACAAGUCAAUUGAGCAGUUGGCCAAUGUGCCAAUGUGUGUGUGUGGGUCGGCCGGUCGGUUGAUGGCGAUAACUGCAGCUCGAAACUAAAAUGAACAUAAAUCGAUUAUAGAUUAGACGGAAAUUUAAGUGGCAGGUAGUGCGGUCCCCGCUGUGUGUCACCUUUCCUGAUUGCGUAUGUGUUUGUGAAAUGUGCCAUUGCAGUCAGCACGUGUCAGCUCAGAUAGCUGACAAUUAACGCGCCACCAGAGAGCAGAUACAUACAUACAUAUGUACGUAUGUUUGGAGGUAUGCAUUCUCAUACAACUAAUCAACCAGCCACGCAUACGCCAUGGUGCUCCUUGCUCUGCCUGUCACUCAAAGUGGCUGUGUGUGUGCGCGUAUGUGUGUGUGCCGCCUUCGCAGGUGUCUGCUAAUUUGUAAAUGAUUUUAAUAUCAUUUGUUAGUGAACGGUGUACUACUCUCCUACUGGAUAGCAACUAAAAAGAGUUCAAGUGCGCGCGCGUGUGUUUUUUAGUGCUGCCACCUGCAAUAAUACGGCGUAUCCUUUGAAUCUUGUGUACCUUCACUCUCAACUUAACUCGAUUUCGGUUCUCGUUUCGGUUUGUGUGUUUCUGUAGCCGCAAAAGCACACAACGCUAAAAGUAAACGCAGCCAGCGGCUAGCAGAGAAUCCUCAGCUGACAUAGAAAUUUGUGUGCUGAAGGCAGCGUGAGCGGAGGGGGUGUCGCUGUCGCUUUAUGUUGACAGGCGGAUUUUGACAUUUCGGUGUGCGGAAGUCGCUUGGCGUGCAGAUAAAUUCUAAUUGGUUUCGAGCAGCGACUGCGAGUUGUAUGGAGCUGAAAACGACAAGAUAACUUUCAUCUCACUCCACCCAGAAAGCACUUGAGUCGACUUGAGUGAUUGUGAUUGCCAUUCAAGUGCCACUCAAAGCGCCGCAGAAAUAAUAGAAACGUUGAAGUGUGAAGCAGGGAAGGCAUCGAAGCCAAAGCUGGCGUAGCAGAAAAGCGAAGAUAUUCAAUCGGAAUGAUAUAAAAGGCUUACACAUACGAGGACAUAUGCACUCAGAGUAAUAAAUCAUGCCUGUAAAAAUCCACAAAAGCAACAGCAAUUCGAAUAUGAAUGACAUUCCAAUGCAACACAGAGCAUACGCAGCAAGCGAGGCAGAGAUAAGACAGCAAUUCAAAUGUUUUAUAGAUGUCACUACAACCACACUACCACAAAGAACAGCAUCGACACCGACUAUUGCAGUCGAACUCAUAUCACCGAAUAAUUGAAAAAUAUUUUUUGGCAGACAAACAAAAACUAUGUGACACCAACAAAUGGAAUAUCGAAGAAGAUAGAACCACCAGAAAAGCUGGUUUUGAGCAAAAAAAAAAAGAACCACUAUAAUAACCACAAUAGCAACAAAAUGCUAAAUCCAAAGGGACAGAGUGCUGAAACUUCAUAGGAUCGGCCAUAAGUUAAGGAUAAGCAUAAAGAAGAUAUAAUGGAAGAAGAAACAGUGGAUGAGCAAGGGAAUGGAAACGGGAAAGUUCUUUUACAAGAUGCGUCGAAAGCUUGGGACAGUAAGGAAGGCCAGGCGCUUCCAAAGAAAGUUGUAAGUGAUGAUAUUAUUCCACCCGGGACGGUUAUCGCUGAGGAGACAGAUUCGUUGGUUGGAGUGUUGAAAGGACCAGCAGGCGAGAGCGCUACAGCUAUGAGAAAUGCACCCGAACAAAGCACACCCGAAGAGCAGCCGGACGACGUGUUCGAAGCUGAAGACAGCCCCACGCCCCGACCUCUGGCAAUGGUCGACAAAGCGGUCAGCACGAACGACACCCUCGAGGACUUGCAGCGCGCACUCACCUAUGAAGUAAUUUUCACAACACUGCUGCAGAAGAAAAUAAUGGCCAUCAAGCGAGAGUGUGAAGAGCGCAAACGGGCAAAGCGCAUGAAACGCAAAUCGAUUGGCCGCAUAUUCUUCAGCCGUAAGCUAUUUGGCGGUUCGCGGAAAGUGCGUGGCGACAGCGAACCCGACGUAUUCAUGCGUGGCGAUCUGGGAGCAAUGAUCGCUUCACCAAUGACUUUUCGUAGCCCAAAGACUGCCAGAAAGCCGAGUGGACGUAGCGGACAAAGCGGACGUCAGGUCGGCGAUGAUAUCGAAGUUGUCUCUGCCUCAGCGUCUACAUCAAAUGGCAGUCAGCGUUCGCAGAUGACACGUGCGACACUAACGAAAACACAGAAGGUAAAAACCCGGCUUAGCACAGACCCCCACACCCAAGGUGCGGCCGCCGGACAGCCUGCAGAAGAAAGCGUCACCAGUACGCUCAGCAACUCCUCGGACAAGAAUGAUGUGAGUGGUGCUGGUCAGGCUGUCAUGAAGCGCAGUUUAUUGGUACGCGCUCAGACGCACACACCAGCUGAGGUGAUGACGUCCAGUUCGGGCUCUGGCGACUCGAAAGGGGCAGCGGGUCGCAGACGUUCAGUUUCAGUUAUAAAUGGCAACGGAAAUGGUGGCGGAGUAGGUGGACUGCCCGCCUCUUUGUUGGAGCGCACCUACGACACCACCUCACUUGCCAGCGGGUACGAAAAUGGCACCGGUGCUCGUCUACACACCUCGACUAUGGCCGAUGACAGUCUCACCUCGUUGCGCGACAGCAUUGAGAGCUUAUCAUUUGGCAGCUCACGUUGCACGGUGAGUUUUGGCGGCGCCGAAAUCAUACCGGAGGAAACUGCCUCGCUCUUGUACGAACGCGCUCGCAUCGCCAAACGUUUGCGUGUACUGGAAGCAAAGUCAAUUAGCGCGCAGUGCAGUCCCGUACUGCCACGUCAUUUGAUCGGGACCAUACAAGCACCGGAGCCCAUGCCUCCGCCAGCGCAAACUACAACCAGAAUUGAGGCCUCCACCGCCACUAAACACAUAAUCACGCCCACCACUGCCGUUCCUUACACCGCGUCGUCCAAAGCUGCCACUCUUACCGCCGUCGGUAGCGACAUUCCAACGGUCCCCACCAGCAACAAAAUUACCCAGACAAAACAACACAUCUUUCGCCACCAAGUGUCUUAUACGGACAGCGCUUACGGUGGAGGAGGCGACUUUGGCGAAGCGUCAGCCUAUUCGCGGUACAUCUCACGACAGAACACUUCCGAGGAGAGUGCAAAUUUGACUGUCAGCACAUUGUUGAACCAGAGCGACUCAUUGUCGUUGCACGCGCCAAUAUACUCGCCAACCACUUCGUUCACCGGUGGCGGUGUCGGCGGUGCAGGCGUUUUCAUGCUGGGUGAUCGCUUCAAAUCGAAGAGCACAAGUCUGUUAUUGGUCAGUGGUAAUGGCCGCAGUCGUCCACGGCCACCGCCAACGCUACAACUACAACAACUGCAAACGCCGUUCGCGCCCAUGCCGGCCAACGGCAGCAUCUUGGCGAGUGGGACAAUGCCGAGCAAUAUUAGUCAUAGUGAUCAAUUAGUAGAUAGUUUGAAUAUGAAAAAUACAUUCGCUUCCUCUGGCACCGUACAGCCAGUAACGGUAUCUAACGCACAAAAGCAAACGCCCUUGCACCCCACGACUAUCGCUACUACGACUGUUGUCAACGCAACCGCCAUGUCUUCACAGCUAGCAUCGCCUCCUCCUCCUACGCUUUACCAUGCCACCAGCGCUACGGGCGGCACGUCGGAAAUCACCACGGCAGUUAUUGCGUUGAACAGCUCUGGUUUUCGGAAUGGCACCGUCAAUGGGGUUAUUGUGGCCGGGUCAACGGUGCCUGCGGACACGGCCAAGUUGAAUCGCAUGACUUCAACAUCAACUGGCUCCAGUGUGGCGCCGACCGGUUGUUGCACAACAACGAAAUCCUCCUCACGCGAUCGCGAGAAAGACAAGCAGCGCUUUAAGCCCAGCUGGCCGUCAGGGCAGAGUGGCAGUGACGAUGAGUAUCGGCGGCGCAAACGAAAAUACAAACGCUACCACAGAUGUUCAGAUCCCGUUCUGGUGUAUCCGACGCCAAGUGGGUUACAACACUGCAUACUUAGUAUGCCAUCUAAUGAGCCAGCUCAACUUCAGUACAAUGAUGAUUUCGCUUUCGACAUGCAAAUCCCAAUGGAGUCCGACAAAAACGACGACCUUGAAGAAAUAGUUCCAAGCAGCCAUCGCCGACAUCGAAGACAUCGUCAUCAUCGACACAAAAAGCGACAUCGUCAUAAAAAACCAAAAAUUCUUGUGCAGGAUCUGGAAACGCGUGUCGUCAAGGUGGUCGAUCCCGAUGACCUGUCGCAGCGGGCGCGCUGGACAAUCAUUGUAACAGCGUGCCUGCUGCUAAUCAUGUGCCUCAUGUUGGUGGGCGUGACGCUGCGCAUGGCGCCCAUCAUCGAUGACAUGGUUCGCCAAGAGAGUGAGCGCCUUCUCAAGGAGACAUUAGAACGGGCGCGCUCUACCAAAAACGCAACGGACGCGGCAGCAGCAGCAGCAUCCCAGCAAGCGCAUCAACAAAUUCCAUAACACAGCGGCGAUUCGGCGGAGCGUAGUAGAAAAUUAUUAGACUUCCCGCCACAACUGUUGCGCCACCAACUGCAACUGCCAUUGCAGCAACACACACAAGUGCAGCUUGAUAAAGAAGACGCUUUACUAAGCGUCGUGAAUGGCGCGGUUGUGCGCUUCUUGGCGCGUUACGUUGAAGGUAAUGCCCAGGUUGGCAACGCCGCUGAAGCUAAUAGGCAUAGAAGCGAAAACGUAUUAAGUGCAGUAGCAUCUUCAGCAUCUAUUGCAACGUUUGCCGACAAAAAUGCGCCUGUGACCUACGACGCUACAGCGACAAAGAAGGCGAUAAAAAAACCUGGCGCGGGAAAAGAGGUGAGCCGAGAUGUACUUGCAGUAGACGUUACGGAACGCGAAAUUUCGUCCGUUGAAGGCUCAGCGGCGGCGUCCCCGGCAUCUACGAGUACUAUGCACGAUGAGCCAAAACAGCUGCCGCCACAGCGACAGACGCUGCAAUCCAAAUUGUCAAUUGCGUUGUUGUCCCAAAUUUUGUAGCGUCACACCGCGUUAGCUUUUGUAUAUCAACACGUAGCAGCUGUUUUGGUGUGGCACGCCGAUGCCUUCACUGCUGCAUGCGCAUCACACAGCCCCAGCUUCCGCGCCAUACUUACGGCAAACAACGGCUGGACUACGACACCAACGCAAUUUCCACCAUCACCACCGUCAACACCUGUUGGUAACCUAACAAAAUUUGUGUCAAUGCUGUAGAAGGUACACAAACAACAAAUCAAAAAAAAUGUUACCAAAAACGUGCGCGUCAAUUUGGCGCGGAUCCAUCCAAUAUGCGGCAAAGAGUCGAAUGAUUUUGGGUUAUAGUGAAAAUUUGUGCUGGGGGAAAUUCGAAAUCGCUGUGCGUCGCCUAGACUUGUUGGCAGCGUUGUUUGAAGCGCAUUUAAGUGCAUACUUUUUUGAAUGUACUAUGCAGGUGCAUAUGUUUGUAUGUAUGUAUGUACCUGUGGUUGUAUGGAAGCGAAAUUUGUGAAAGCUUGUAGAUAAGUGUUUGUGCACUAUUGAUUUGUGCUAUUUUUACAGAAAAAUCAUGUUUCCACAUUUUUAACGCCUAUUGAGGCAUGAGGCAAUAAUAUUCGAAAGCGAACUGAUGGAAAUAUUACUGAAUUUUUAGACAUUUUGCGGUGGUUGAGUUUUAGUUGACAUAUUUCAAUGUACAUAUCGAGUCCUAAGCGCCAAAAUAACGUAAGCGACAUUUUUUUCAAAUUUUUCUUUUUGAUGCAGAAAUGCAUCUAGACGCU